AUGACGUCCAAGUCCAACAAUGAGAAUCCUAACGCUCGAGGAGCCGAGGAAGUAGAAUGGAGAGGACGGACAAGAAGAGACACCGUGAUAGCACGAGAAGCUACCAUCGUCGAUGACGAUGGCUCUGACGAUGACGAUUACCAGCCCAGCAACGAAGGGGACAAGACAACGCCAGCAGAAAGUACGGGCGUGACUCCGAUGAUUGAUGCGUUUGACUAUGUGAGCCCGAAUCACCCACUACGCCCUACUCGAGCGAUCUGCGUUCUAGACAGAGCGCAACAAUUAGCACGACUGCGACACCAUUUCGAAUUUUGGUGGGACGUUCUGGUUGCCAUGGACAAACAAGCAAAAAUGAACACAAAUCAGGUGACUGAUCAGAUGAUCCGGGAAGAAGUCAUACGUUUAGGCGAAGACAACCGAGAAUUGCGACGUGAAAGAGACCGUAUGACCGUCCAAAGAGACAUGGCAGAGAAGCGAGUCGAGGAACUGACUUCGAAGUUGGACGGAGCACACCGAGAGCGUGAUCGCGAUCAGUCAAUCAUUGCGCUGCUGAAUACGACGAGACAGACGACGCCAGUUGCGGAAGGAACCAACGAAAACCGUGCUCCUCAACAUGAGGCCUCUCUGGACGCCCGAACUGAACCGAUACGACGAGGCGGUUCGCACCCACUUUACACGACCAGCCCAGGACGCUUCGAUAAUCCAAAGUUCCCUGAUGCACCUGUAUUCUCAGGAGAUCGCGACGCGUUCGAUAGCUGGAGAGACAAAGUCUAUGACAAGCUGAACAACAGCGCCGCUCAAUACCCAACUGAACAGCAACGGAUUGCGUACAUUCGUAGUCGCACUGAUGGAGUCGCGUAUCAGCAGAUACGGGCUCAAUGCCGACCCGAUCAUCCACGCUGCUUUCAGUCCGCCGAAGAUGCAUUGGAAGCCCUAGAAAAGAUUUACGGUGACAAGAACAAGAGGAAAAGGGCCAUCAAUGAACUGCGCACCCUGCGCAUGGGAAGGAGGAGUUUUGAUGACUUCUAUGCCGACUUUGCCCGCUGCGCUGCGGAAGUUGGAUACGCUGAAGAUGCUAUGAUACCGCUACUCGAGAAUGCAAUCUCAAACGAAUUGGCACGACAAGUCAUCGGGUUGCAGAGACCCGCAGAUUUUUACGACUUGGUAGAUUUCUAUCGUGACGUUGAUCAUGAGAUGCGUGAUUACGAAAGACGGUUGCCAAACCGCGUAGUUGGAACCACCCGAACCAAUCCGCAAUACGAAAAGUCACGUCCAAGACAGACACCCCUCGCCGCACGAUCUGAAGGCUAUGUUCUGCGCUCGGUAGAUCGUGCCUUGCUCGCCCAGCAUGGCCGGUGCUACAAGUGCGGGGAGCAUGGACAUCGGAUCCACGAGUGCACAAACCCGCAGAUGAAGGAGAUGCCACGCCUUGCUGGUCGCGGAACAGCAAAGGUAAACAAUGCAACGAUGGAAUCUGACACCGACGAUGAAAGCACAGUCGUUGAGGGAAAAGAAAUGUCCUAG